AUGGCGGGGCUGAUGGACGUUGACCGUAGCCGUACCCGAAGGGAUAGAACGUUUGUCGGUAGUGAAUGCGCCGUAUGCGAGGAGCCACUGGAGCAUACCCUGCGCGGAGAGCGGGUCCUCCAGUUCUCCUGCACACACGUGGCGCACGAAGCCUGUUUCUACGAGUAUAUCAAGGAGUUUGAGGGCCAAUAUUGUCCGACCUGUGAUGCCCCAUUAGGGCUGGACACCAGCCGCGGCGGUCAUGUACUUGACAUCGAAAAAUUGAGCAACAUUGUGCGUUCGGUGACUAGCGAUGCAGCCACGCAACGGAGUGGUUUGACCACCCCAACCCCGUGGGAUCAGCCGUCAGCUCGUGGGCGAGCACCCAGCGAGACGGGAAGCAGGCCAUAUAACAAUCGCGACAGUCGGGACAUCUGGGCGAGAAGAGAUAGCCGCGAUACGGGCAGCCAUCGCGAGCGCGAGCGGGUGGAGCGGAUGACCACAGGCUCACGGCAACAGCAUUCCAGAAAUGGAAGUGCUGCAGGAUCGUCGGGCGACUACGAUGCUCAGCAGCAGAGCAACGGCAGGCGACAUGAUUAUGACGUUCAAGCUAUGGAAUCCGAUAUUAGCCCUCGCGCGGCUCCCAUGAAGAACCCCAUCCCCGCCCCCACGGUGACCAUCCGCAGCGAAUUCCCCACGCUCAAUCGGUCCAGACAACAGCAAUCUUUGACAUGCUUGGUCACGGUGGAAGUUCCCGAGGGGGUAUGGCAUCCAGAUUCGGACGACUUGCGACAAACUUCGUCGGGUGCGUCGCAGCCGCAGGAUGAGCCUUACGGCGGCGUGGUUCGCUUUCCCACUGCGGAUACUCGAUCCAUCCAAUACGAACCCCAGGAGAACCUUGACGAAAUCGCCGAGGACUUGCGGACGCGAGUCGACAACUGGCACGGCCUUGAAUUUUCACGGUUCGGAAAACUCCGCUUGCAUGGACACAUGCGCGUGGGCAAGGAUCGUGAAUCAUGGCAGGAUCUGGAGUGCUAUCUUUUCGCUGAGAUGCUUAUUUGUAUCAAGGAAAAGAAGACAAAUGCUCAUCAGUAUGAUGAUCAGUCGAAGCGCAAGACUCGGAGCUCGCUGAAAGGCUCGAUUCUUAUCAAGAAGCAUCUCAAGUCUAUUGAAGCGUCGCCUGAUGAACCUGCCCUCACGCUUAAUCUAUCAGUCAGCGAGCUUCCUUGCUUCUACCUUCGCUUCCAGAGCCGAAACGAAUUGGAGAUCUGGCGUCGAGCUCUACGCGAUCUUCAUAACUCUGAUGCAUUGUCCCGACACGCCGACUAUGACCUGGAUCAUUCUGGAGCUGAGGAGGAGGACUACCGGGCCAGCCAGGUCAAACGACAGGCGUCAAUAAACUCAUCCUACGGUGCCGGCCGGUCCAACAACACAGCCAUCACGGAUUACACAACCGGUGCAGAUAAUCUGCCCACUUUGAGUGUCCACAUACCUCUCGAUAUUGUGGUUGUUAUUCCCGUUUCUUCGUCCAUGCAAGGGCUGAAGAUCACUCUCUUGCGGGACGCACUCAAGUUCAUCGUGCAAAAUCUUGGACCCCGAGAUCGUAUGGGAUUGGUGACUUUUGGCUCCAGCGGUGGCGGCGUGCCCCUUGUUGGAAUGACCACCAAGUCGUGGGGUGGAUGGAACAAGAUCCUCAGCUCCAUUCGACCUGUCGGACAGAAGAGCCUUCGUGCGGAUGUUGUCGAAGGUGCCAAUGUUGCAAUGGACUUGCUGAUGCAGCGCAAGUCCAACAACCCCAUUUCCACGAUCCUCCUGAUCAGUGACUCCUCCACUUCCGACCCCGAAAGUGUCGAUUUCGUGGUGUCUAGGGCCGAAGCUGCUAAAGUGAGUAUUCACUCCUUCGGUCUUGGACUGACUCACAAGCCCGACACAAUGAUCGAGUUGUCCACUCGGACAAAAGGCUCGUACCUGUACGUCAAGGAUUGGAUGAUGCUUCGAGAAUGUGUUGCCGGCUGCUUGGGCGCACUGCAAACCACUUCGCACCAGAACGUCAAACUGAAGCUUCGCCUUCCUGAGGGUUCGCCUGCGAAAUUUGUGAAAAUUAGCGGGGCUCUCCAUACAACCAAGCGCGCUACAGGCAGGGAUGCCGAGGCGGCUCUCGGAGACCUUCGAUUUGGGGACAAGCGUGAUGUGCUGGUACAGUUGGUCAUCCAACCAGACAACUCCACGCAGGAAAGUAUGCCGCAGGACCCCUGGGAAAGCCUGGUGUCUGGAUUGGAAGCUCUCGGAGGUGGCUCCGAUGCAGACGAGCAACGCGUGCUGAGCGUCGAGGAGGUUCCUUUGAUCCAGGCGGAUCUCACUUACGGUGAUCUCCUCCGUGAUGGUCACCUGACUCACUCGCCUCGUCCGUCACUGCUUACCGUGCCCAUGCUUCCAUCCAAUCCGAGAGCCAAGAAUGGCCGACCUUCGACACCACCCAUUCCUCCUCACCCGUCCAUUGUCCAGCGGCGCAUGGAGUUGCUCACGUCCGACAUGCUGACCCGAGCCUUGACACUUGUGACUCGGUGUCAAAAUGAUCGCGCACAGCAUCUCUUGACCGAAACACGAAGCAUUCUUAAGGGUCUCGGUAAGGGUAGCCUUCCGCCUCUACCACCAAGCGCUGUAAAACCGGCCAGUCUCGGCGAUGCUGGAAGUCGCGUUGAAACUCCCACAUCGACAUCGCCGAGAUCCUCCAACUUCACCGAGAGUCAGUCGUCUGUCACAUCAGAUACCGCGACUAUUGCCCCUGUUGCCGCGGUCGACGCACAGACCAUCACAGCGCUGGAUGCGGACUUGACGUCGGCAAUGGAGUGGAUCAAUCACCCUGCCGUAUUUGGGCGAGACUCGCGCAAGGCAGUUCUGCAGGCGAUUGGAGUCAUCUCGUCGCAGCGCGCUUACACAUAUCGCACGCCAUCCGAGGCUCACUGGGCACAGCGAGUCGCGGGAAUCCGACGAUUGACUGAGCGGUCAAAGGAGUGGCGCGAGACUGGAGACGAUGCCUUGACAGAGGAGUAG